AUGAACGUCGUGAGAGACCUCCUUAUGAAAGUCAGUCAGCUCUUUAACCAUGAGCUCCCAUCAUCGCCCACUAUGACGGAAGCCACAUCACUGGAAAUCUUCGUCUUUUCCAAACCUUCCUCCGAGAUCCUCCUUAUCAAUAGCGAUCAACCGUUCUCUAUUACCCUCUCCGCAUACGUCGUCGGCACCUAUGGCCAACCUCUCACUGUGUACGCUCCAGACACAAUACUACAUCCACGUGCACCCGCUCUGGAGCGGAACGGCCUGGUCUUCACCGACACUGCUACAGGGCAGACUGUCGAACGUCCACUCGUUGAUGCGCUGCGGGAGUAUCCCCGAGGCGGGUGUCGCGUCGCAACGGUAGCGAAGGAUUCCUUCAUCGAGAUCCCAGCGAACCCCAAAACGCCGUACGAGGUUACGUUCACCUUUGUGCCCAGCGCUGCGCAAGCACUGGGAGAGUUCUUUCCCGUUAUCGAUCCCAGGGCCGGCUUUCUUGCCGGGCACGUGUACAAGGUCGGUCUUGGGGAAGCUAUGGCUGGGGUGAUAUGGUGGAAGGUGGGCGCGAAGGGGAAGGUGCUUGCUGAGGGCGAGCGAAGUGGAGAGCGGGUGAAGCUAGACCAACCAGAUACCCCGCGGCUUCGGAUGGUCUCUGCGAAUGAGUCCAUGUUUGGCGUGCGGGAUGGUUAUGACUUUGUGCCAUGUUCGGUGACCGGUGAAGGUGUACUAUAA